AUGGUGACUUUCACGGCACGCCGGAGCGAGCCGGAGCUAGUGGCGCCGGCGAGGCCGACGCCACGCGAGACCAAGGCGCUCUCCGACCUCGACGACCAGUGGACGCUGCGCUACUACGAGACCGUCGUCGGGUUCUUCCGCGUGAGCCCCAGGAUGGCCGGCGGCCUGUCGUGGGCCGGCGGCAACAACGUCGCCGCGAUGGUGAUCAGGGCGGCCGUCGCCGAGGCGCUCGUAUACUACUACCCUGUGGCCGGUCGCCUGCGGGCUCUCCGCCCCGGCGGGAACAAGCUGGCCGUGGACUGCACCGCGGAAGGGGUGGUGUUCGUCGAGGCCACCGCCGACGUGCGGCUGGACGAGCUCGGCCAGCCGCUGCUGCCGCCUUAUCCAUGCGUGGAGGAGUUCCUCGGUGAUGCCGGCGACACUAGGGCUAUUCUAGACAAGCCUCUGCUCUUCCUGCAGGUAACACAGCUGAAAUGCGGCGGGUUUGUGAUCGGUCUCCACAUGUGCCACUGCAUUUUUGACGCCUUCGGACUGCUCCAGUUCAUCAAGACUAUUGCCGGUUUCGCCGGCGGUGAGCCCGUCCCGUCCACCAUGCCCGUGUGGGGAAGAGACCAUCAGCUCUUCACAGCGCGGACGCCACCAUCCGUCGCCCAUGUCUACCCGGCGUACAAGCCGAUCCUUGACGGCCUGGACCGCACAGGCGACGACGUGAUGCUGACAACUCCGCCGGAGAGCAUGGUGAUGAGGUACUUCAGGUUUGGGCCGGAGGAAAUCUCGCUUCUCCGGGGCCUCAUCCCGCCGCACCUCGUCAGAUCCACCACGUCCUUCGAGCUGCUCACCGCCGUGAUGUGGCGGUGCCGCACGGUGGCGCUCGGCUACGAGCCCCACCACCGGGUGCGCCUCACGUUCACCCUGAAUCUGCGCGGGAGAUUGAGCAGCCGCGACGGGGCUGGCGGCGCCGCCGUCCAGCGGGGUUACUACGGGAACGCCCAUUUCUCCCCCAUGGCGGUGGCCACCGUCGGCGAGCUCACCCGGCGGCCCCUCGCGGACACGGUGGAGCUCAUGUCCCGCGCCAAGGGCAGCACCACUAGCGAGUGCAUGGCGUCCAUGGUCGAUCUGCUCGCGUCGUGGCGGGAGCAGCCUGCGUUCCCCGUGGACAGAACCUACGAGGUCUCCGAUACAAAGUGGGCCGCCGGCGGCGGCGCGUUGCGGUGUGGGGUGGCGGAGAUGGUCGGCGGCGGCACGCCUUUCGCGGGAGAUCUCACCUCGAAGCUGAUAAGCUAUCACAUGCAGUGCAAGGACGAAAACGGCGAGGACAUGACCGUGGUGUCGAUGUUAUUGCCGGAGCCGGCGAUGGAGAGGUUCACCAAGGAGAUGUCGUUUUGGUUGAAGAGCUAUUAA